CCGUCUCCUGCCACUUCCGGUCUGGCCAGUCAGCGGGAGUCGGCGAGGCUGAGGGAGGGAUGCGGGAGCGAUGUUCGUCCAGGAGGAGAAGAUUUUCGCGGCCAAGGUGCUCCGGCUCCGGCUCUGCUCCCUGGACGGCGCCGAGUGGCUGGAAGAGGUGCCCGAGGACACGGCCGUCGAGAGGCUCAAGGAGCGGUGCCUCAAACACUGCGUUCCUGGAAGCCUAGAGGAUCCAAAAUGUAUAACGCACCAUAAAUUGAUACAUGCUGCUUCAGAGAAAGUGCUGACCGACACAAAAACAGUGCUGGAGGAGAACGUUCAGGACAGAGAUGUUUUGGUGCUGGUAAAGAAAAGAGCACCACCUACUCCUCCCAAAAUGGCUGACAUUUCUGCAGAGGAAAAACGGAAGCAGGAGCAGAAAGCUCCUGACAAGGAGGCAAUCCUGAAGGCAACCACCAGCCUCCCAUCCCACAGCGUGGACCGUAGCGUGGCUCACCACAAUAUGAGGGAUUUUCAGACAGAACUUCGGAAGAUCUUAGUCUCUCUCAUUGAAGUUGCCCAGAAGCUGUUAGCGUUGAACCCAGAUGCAGUAGAAUUAUUUAAGAAGGCAAACGCCAUGUUGGAUGAAGAUGAAGAUGACAGAGUGGAUGAAAUUGCUUUGCGCCAGCUGACGGAAAUGGGAUUUCCAGAGAGCAGAGCUGUCAAAGCACUUCGCUUAAACCACAUGUCCGUGACUCAGGCCAUGGAAUGGCUGAUUGAACAUGCCGAUGACCCCACCGUUGAUGCCCCUCUGCCAGGUCAGUCCGCGGAGGAAAACGCAGCCGAAGCAGGAACGUCCUCUGCUCAAGCAGCUGGUGGGGCGAGCCUGGAAGCGACCCAAGAGGAGCCGAAGGAUGAGCUAACCGAAAUAUUCAAGAAGAUCCGCAGGAAAAGAGAGUUUCGCCCUGAUCCACGGGCUGUUAUUGCCUUGAUGGAGAUGGGCUUCGAUGAGAGAGAAGUAGUGGAUGCGCUCAGAGUGAACAACAAUCAACAGAAUGCUGCAUGUGAGUGGCUGCUCGGAGACCGGAAGCCCACUCCGGAGGAUUUAGACAAGGGAAUUGAUCCUGCCAGUCCUCUCUUCCAAGCCAUCCUGGAAAACCCAGUUGUACAGUUGGGUCUCACAAAUCCUAAAACGCUACUUGCCUUCGAAGAUAUGCUUGAAAACCCCUUGAACAGCACUCAGUGGAUGAACGAUCCAGAAACGGGGCCUGUCAUGUUACAAAUCUCUCGAAUCUUCCAGACGUUGAACCGCACGUAGGAUGGGAAAACCUCUCCGCUGUUGUGCCAUUUUGGACUCUCUUCUGGGCUUUGAGUCUCUAAAGGACAGAAGACUUUCAACGGCUGACUAGGAGAGAGCAGAAAUUAGUGUGUUGGGUGUUUCUCUCUCUCUCUUUGCAUUUUGGGAUAGAUGCAUUAUGAACUUUUUCUGUUUGCAGUUUUGGCUUACCUGCUGUGUGACCUUUUUUUUUUAGUGUGAACAGAAGAUGGCUUGAAGACAUAGGCCAAAAUCCCAGUUGUGAGUCCCAACAAAAGUAGACCCAUGGACUCAGUUGGAAGUUAAUCUGUUCAAGGCUCAAAUUCCCAUUGAUUCAAUAGGCCUAGUCUUGUUGGGACUCGUAACUGGAUUGUGGCCAUAGACCUUUUUCGUUCCUCUCAUACGUUUCUAUAGAAACAAUUAUACAUCCAAAUACAGGACAAAGCUUUUACAGUUACCUUUAAAACAAUCUUAAUUAUUGGAAAGUGACAACAUAACCCAUGUUUUCAGUAUUUGGGCCAAGGGCAAAGGCUUGCUGGUGGCAGCUUGACAGGCCAUCGAUAAGACAGUAAUCAGAGUGUCUCCUUCUCGUGAUUAAGGUGUGUCUGUACUGAAAUACAGAAGGCUUUUUAAAGUGA